UCUCUCUCUCCUGUAGGCUGAUCAGCUGACUGAAGAGCAGAUUGCUGAAUUCAAGGAAGCUUUCUCCCUAUUUGACAAGGAUGGCGAUGGCACCAUCACAACCAAGGAGCUUGGGACUGUCAUGAGGUCACUGGGUCAGAACCCAACAGAAGCUGAGCUGCAGGAUAUGAUCAAUGAGGUGGAUGCCGACGGAAAUGGCACCAUUGACUUUCCAGAGUUUUUGACUAUGAUGGCGAGAAAAAUGAAAGAUACAGACAGCGAAGAGGAAAUCCGUGAAGCAUUCCGAGUGUUUGACAAGGAUGGUAAUGGUUACAUCAGUGCAGCCGAGCUCCGCCACGUCAUGACAAACUUAGGAGAAAAACUAACAGAUGAAGAAGUAGAUGAGAUGAUCAGAGAAGCAGAUAUCGAUGGGGAUGGACAGGUCAACUAUGAAGAAUUCGUACAGAUGAUGACUGCAAAAUGAAGACCUACUUUCAACUCCUUUUUCCCCCCUCUAGAAGAAUCAAAUUGAAUCUUUUACUUACCUCUUGCAAAAAAAAAGUUCAUUUACUCAUUCUGUUUCUAUAUAGCAAAACUGAAUGUCAAAAAUAACCUUCCGUCCACACACACAAAAUCUGCAUGUAUUGGUUGGUGGUCCUGUCCCCUAAAGAUGAACCUACACAUCAGUUUUCCGAUAUAAAUACUUGUACUACCUUAACGAUAAGGAAGCACUUAGUGGACUCCGCGCAGUUCCAUUUGCUAAUGAUUAUUACUACACUGUUCGGGCUGGCCAGUUUUUCAUGCAUGCAGCUUGACAAUUGAGCACAGUCAGGCAUUUGUAUUAAAAAAAAGGAAGAAAAAUGAAAAAAAUUCAGAAACCUAGUUCAAUGGGUUCUAGUUCCCGUUUGUUAGUUUUAAAUUGUCAUUGCUGGUUGGCUGAAACAAACAAAAAAAAAAACCAAACACAUUAAAAAUUUGAUAUACCUUGGGGUGCUGUGCAGGAAAAUAAAACUGGGGGUGAAGGAGAAAUUGACUAGAUGUAGUGCCACUCACAGAAUGGUCCUUUCAUACUUCAUGUGGCCCCAGCCAUGGUGACCCAUGACACCACAGUGGCAGGUCCAUGGGCUGGCUUAGCACUGUGUGUGUUGUACUAGAGCAAGAUGGGUGUCAGGCUGUCACUGUUCACACAAAUUUUUAAAAAGAAACUUACCAAGGGAGCAUCCUUGGAUUCUCCAUUUUUAAAACCUUCCGAACCAUGAACUUGGAGCCAGCAGAGUAGUAGUCUGGGUCUGUAGGACUUGAGCACAACCAUUGACAUUGCGUUUCAAGAAAUGACAAUUUACGUCCAUUCCAAGUUGUAAAUGCUAGUCUUUUUUUUUUUUCCAAUAAAAAGACCAUUAACUUAAA